AUGGCCGACGACGCUCCUCCCUUCAUCCGCGCCUACCGGCCGGAAGACUAUGACUCCAUCGUGCGCAUCUGCGAACUCACAGCCCACCACUCACUCUCCGAUGUCCUCGACCUGGUUCCCUACCUGUAUGCGCACCCAUAUCUCCGUCUCGAGCCCGAGCACAUAUGGGUUCUCGAUGUUCCCUCCAAGGACAACAUCAGCCGCGACGUAGCUGGCUACAUCCUCGCCGUAGCCGACACACAGAUCUUUGCGAUACGGUAUGAAUGGGAAUACAUACCUCUCCUCGAGCCGGAUGGAGAGUUGCCGUUCCCACCUAGAUUAUCUGAUCAAGUUUUCCUGUUUGAGGACCUUAGGGAUGGGGCGAAAAAUGCGGGGAGGUUGUUGGUGCUCCCCAAGGAGUUACUGGAGAGAUACCCCGCCCAUAUACAUGUGGAUAUCGUGGAACCGUGGCAGGGAAAAGGAUGGGGGCCGAAGUUGAUUGCGGAGAUGGAGAGUCAGUUGGUUAAGGAGUGGGUGAAGGGGGUGCACUUGGGGGCGGCGGAGGACAAUGCUCGUGCCGGGAAUUUUUAUAAGCGUAUUGGGUUUGAGGAGAUAACGGAGCAGGUAGGGAGGGAGGGGAUUGGCGCCAGGUGGUUCUGUAAGGCAAUCUCCAAAUAG